UGGGCACUCCUAGGCGCCGUCGGGGCCCUGUUCACCUUUCCCUGCCAUCUCUCUCUUCCCCAACUUCUCUCCCUGCUUUCCCAUGACGCGCAUCACCAUUUUUUCCUCUCUCUGAUGCUUGCAACCGCCAAUGCCCCUAUUGCCUCGUCGUUGCCGAUCCCAGCGCCCAGACGCCCAGAUCUCCCCUCUCCUCCCCUAGCCAGCCGGGACGCCCAACUUGGCAGCCUUAGCUCGAUGUCCAACGCCUACCGACGCGGCGGCGCGGUGGCUCGGCGGGGCAAUCUUCGCGGCUCGCCCGUAGCGACGCAGAUCGUCCUCCCCGCAGCCCGCUUCCCUCCGUCCCUGCGCGCCAUCCAGCAGCACCCAGCGCAGUGCGCGAGGCCCAGCCCCGUCCCCGGUUGGGUUUUGCGCAGCCCCAGCGCAACAGCAGUCUCGCCAUUCUCGUGCCUCGCCUCGAGCUCGUCUGGUCGUCCGCCGUCGUUGCGAGAGUGCGAUCCAUCUCCAAGCUUCAAGGAGUCGACGGUCAAGCUUCGACGACCAAGUGAUCAAGCUCUCUGAGUUCUAUGAGGUUGAAGACCCUGAGCAUCUGUUUGGUGAAGUCAAGUGUCCUCUGACCCAUUAUGUCCCAUUUACUUUAUAAUACACUGUCCCGCAUACUAUGAACAACCUAAGGAUUUACUAGCUUUCUAUUUACCUGGUCCUUGAUUUACCUUUUGGGUUACUAUGGUUAGCUACAUGCUAGCGCUUUACUUUAAUCAAUGAACAUGAUGAGAUACAAUGAUGAUACUAUGAUUUCAUUCUGGAUAUGAUGAUAUACUUGUGGCAUUUAGGGGACUCGGGCUGUUUCUCGAGUGCCUCUCCGUAAGGACCUGUUCGUUGAGAGACCACCCGGGAUAACAGUGCAACCAUGAGGGUGAAAUGGGAUGCCCUUAGCUAAUUAAUUAGAGGAACUAGAGGUGUAGUUGCUUCGCCGUCGUGCCGUCAAUGGGGUCCAGGCACAGUGCUUGCUCUGCCGAGGCUGAGUGCCAAGGUUCUUUCGUUUUGCUUUUGUUAGUCACCCUCCUGCGGGGAGAGGUACUGUGUUUAUCAAACUGGAGAAACCUAACGGGCGGCUAUGACCUCUAGGGAAUCUUUGUAACAGCUACGUAGUGAUACCCUGCCGGACCACCUAGGAAGUGAUCAAUGGGGAGUCAUGAUCCCUGGGCAAAACGGGAAUCACGGCUCAUGGGUAAAGUGUGCGACCUCUGCAGAGGGUAGUGAAACUAAUAUAUCAGCCGUGCUCACGGUUAAGAGCAGCCUUGGGAUCCUCUUUGAUUAGAGAUACAGAUGGUUCGAGAGACAAGGAUUAUGUUAUGGUUUUGGUUCGACUAUGAUGAUGUUGUUCCUCGAUGAGGAAAUGGUUUACGGGUUGGUUAAUGCUAAAAUCUGGCUUCUACUAAUGAUAAAUACUUGACCAACUAAAAGCAACUGCUUGAGCCUAACCCCCACAUAAAGCUAGUCCACUUCAGCCAAACGGGACAUUUGCUGAGUACGUUGAUGUGUACUCAUCCUUGCUUUACCACAAAACAUCAGGUUGUCCGCAUUGCAACCACUGCUCAGGAGGAGAUGAAGUCGUGGAAGGAGACUUCCAGGAGUUCCAAGACUACGAUGAAUUCUAGGUGUGGGUUGGCGGCAACCCCCAGUCAGCUGCCUGUGGAGGCCUUAUCUUUACUGCGUUUCGCUAGUACUUUGAUUUACUUGUUAAGACAAUGAAUAUGUGGAUGUCUAUGACUCUAUGAUGUAAUAAGUACCCCUUUUAUGUUAUUAUUCGAGCAUUGUGUGAUGAUGUUCAUUU